UGGACGGCAGGCGCACGCCGAAGAUUAUGUCUCUUUGGUCGGAAGAAGGGUCAAAAUGCGUUUAAUUCAUUUAAAAUGUCUUCAAAUUCUCUGUAUAUUUAAAUCAUAAAACUUAGAAAGAAUUUCAUGCGGCUCUAUAGCCUGGAGCCCGUGCAAAUGCCCUUUUUUUCGAAGAGAAAAUCAGGAAAGCGAAAGUCAAAUGUUAGUUUUAAUGGAAGCAAAUUUGCAAAUGUCAAUUCUCUUCAUCAAAAGCAACUACCUUCCUCAGAAACGAAUGAUAUAUUACCAAAUGCAGAUGCAGAGAAAAAAAAUCUACUCAAAUUGGCCAAACGUUCAAGCAACUCGAGCACAAAGUGUGUUGCAAAUUUCCCACGUCGCUCUCGCCUCUCUAAGACACUGCCUGAAGUGGUGGUUGAUGAUACUAUACUACCACUGUUUCUGGAAUUUCUUCAAAAACAAGGCGCUCAAAAGUUUCUUAAUUUCUGGUUAGCUGCUGAGACAUUUCGAUUGAGUGGUCAAAAAGAAAAAACUGUUGAGAAGUCAGCAUUUCAAAGCUCAAGGUUUUCAGAAUAUGUUUCAAACAGCAAAGCUUCAGUGUCACAAAGUAAUCAUCCUAACAUGGGAAUUGUUCAUUGUUCAUCUAAGGAUUUGUCAAGGAGCAAUGAGAUGGAUGUGAAUAAAAGAUUACAAGAUAGUCUUUUGCCUAUUGGAACAGACUCUGAUAAUAAAACUGAUAAUGUUGGUUCAAGUGAAGAAUUUUGCUCCAAGCAAGAAAAUGGGAAAAUUUUGAAUAGUUCCCAUAAUAUACCAGAUGCCUCGUGUGUAAUAAAUAAUGUUGUGGAUAUCAGGACUUCAUCUGAUAAGUUUAAAACUGUCUGUGAUCAAAACUUGAGAGAAAAUGACAGUUUUGAAUUAUCAACUAAAGACUUACAAACAUCCCAAGAAAGUACUGACAAGCAAGAAAGGUCCACAUUUAGUGAUGGGUUGUCAAAAGUUAUGAUAGAGGAUGCUCUCAAUAUUUAUCAUCAUUUCAUCGCGUUGGAUGCUUCUCAUUCUUUGAAUGUUGAUGAAACGAUGAGAAGAGAAAUUGAAAGAAGAAUUUGUACAGAGGAUGGUAGUGUCGACGCAGAUUGCUUUCAUGUUGCUCAAAAUUUUGCUUUUGAUAUCUUACGUUCAAAAUAUUUUGACGAUUUCUUACGAAGUUCAUUCUACCACAAGCACAUUAUGGAUAUUCUGACAAGCGGUCGAGUGUUUUUAGCAGAUAUCAUGUACAAUGAUGAAGCCAUGUUCUAUUUUAUGGAGUUCAUGGAACAGGAGGGGAAGAGUUAUCUUUUGGCAUUUUGGAUAGCUGCUGAUGCUUUCCGUGAAGAAUUACAAUCAAAAUUGAACAAGAAACUUUACAACUCGAGAGAAGCUUUGGAAGAUGCCAUGGUCUUGUACGAUAAAUAUUUUUCAAUGCAAGCAUCCAAUUCUCUGGGUGUUGGCGAUGAAACGAGAAUCCGUAUUGAAAACAAAAUCUGUCGCGAUGGUGGUCCUCUACCGGAGUGUUUUGAAGAACCAAUGGAAAAUGUAUUGACACUUCUCGAGGAGGUUUAUUUUCCUAUCUUCUUGGAUAGUAGCAUCUACAUGAGGUAUUUGAAUGAGCUGUUAAGUUCCGUCACAGAUGUGGAAUCAGAUAGGACAAGCAUUUGUGCUGAUGAAUGUAGUAGUACAACAAGUGACACUAUGAGAAUGAUGGAGUCUUUAGGGAAUGAAAUGGAUCCACUUGAAGAUCCCAAUGAAAUAUGGCAGAGGCCACAUGUUGGUCUUUCAAUUGGUCGAGUAAAUGAAUUUGGUAUUUAUGAACCUGGAAUCGAGCCUCAGCCUGGAAAAGAAGUCUUGAAGUUCGGUCAGAAAAUGAAAAAACUGGUUUCUGGGAACACGGACAAGGUAAAAGAAGAGAUGGCGUGGAAGGUGGCUAAGAUGGUUAUCAGCGAUGUGAAAAAACAACAAAAAAAAUGAGGUGACACACUAAGAGCAACUGUAAGUUAUACUUUUAUUUUUUCUUAUCUAUCACCUUACCACUUUGACAUUAACAUGAUGACAUCACUCGACUACAUUAGUUUAAUCGUAAAUUCUGUGAGAAUAUGCAGUAAAACCUUUAUAGUCGACUUGAUGAACUGGAAUUUCCAGUUUGUUCGGCGAAAAAUUUCAUCAUUGAGACGAUGAUGUAAAAUAAUGUUCGAAAUAAUUGCCAAUUAGAAUGAAUUAAGAAAUCAACGAACAAAUUACUGAAACUUAUAAAUAAUCAAUUUUUAAUGUUUGUUUAGAAACAUUGAAAUUAUAAAGUAGUUAUUGUAAAUCGAUAAUUUACAACAUCAUUAAUAUGUUUCUGUUAAUUUCGAAA